AAAGGUGGAAAAUAAAAAAAUGGAGAAUAUACCACGGACCCACGAAGAUAUUGAGGCCCAAAUCCGUGAUAUUCAAACGAAGAAGAAAGAAAUCAGCGCAGAAGCGGCCAAAGACAAGGGUGUUGGCUUGCUCGAGAGCGGAUACUUCGAUCGUGAGCUGUACGACGGCGGCGGUGGUAAAAGCAAAUACGAAGGCUAUGUUACAUCGAUUGCCCCGAACGACGAUGUCGAUGACGAUGAGGACGACGGCAUCCCGAUGGGACGAGGUGGCGGCCGAGAUAGGCCACCCGGCUAUACGGCUCCGGCGGCCUUGCUGAACGAUGUUGCUCAGCCGGACAAAGAUUAUGAUCCUUUCGCAGAUAGGCGCCGGCCUACGGUCGGAGAAAAAGAGGAUGAAUACAGACAGAAACGACGCCGACUGGUUAUUUCUCCGGAACGUAUUGAUCCUUUCGCUGAUGGCGGUAAAACUCCGGACAUUGGCUCCCGUUCCUAUACGGAGAUUAUGCGCGAACAAAUGCUUAAAGGAGAGGAAGUUGAGUUGCGUAAAAAAAUCCAGGAAAAGGCAAAGGAUGGCACUCUGAAGGUGAGCAGUAGUAACAGCACCAGUAAUGGGGAUGCAACAAGCAAGAUGCCUGUGGCCGAACCAAAAAAGCGUGGACGAUGGGAUCAAACUGUGGAGGAAUCGUUUGUACCGCCAAAAAAGCUGGCCGUUCCGGCUACCCCCACCUGGGGCGACGCUGAGAAAACCCCUGCCGAUCACCGAUGGGACGAAACACCCGGGCACAAGGGUAGCGAAACGCCGGGCGCAACGCCUAGCGUUCGAAUAUGGGACGCAACUCCGGCGCACUCUGGUGCAACCCCGGGUCGAGAAACGCCCGCGGAAAAGUCCACCCGACGCAACCGUUGGGAUGAGACGCCGAAAACGGAACGUGAGACGCCUGGUCACUCGUGGGCGGAAACACCGCGUGCUGAUCGUGGUCCUACCGAUAGCGUUAUGGAAAGCACGACGCCCGCCUCCAAGCGACGGUCCCGAUGGGAUGAGACACCAUCGAAUGCGACUCCGUCGGCGAUGACACCCUCGAUAGCGAUGACCCCUACGCCACAUGCCACACCGGGACAUGCUACUCCAUUGCUCACUCCAGGCGGAACGACUCCUAUCGGUCCCAAAGCGAUGACUAUGGCAACCCCAACACCGGGUCAUCUUGCUUCAAUGACACCGGAACAGCUGCAAGCUUAUCGCUGGGAAAAAGAAAUUGACGAAAGAAAUCGCCCAUUCAGCGACGAAGAAUUGGAUGCGAUGUUUCCCCCUGGCUAUAAAAUUCUUCCGCCACCGGCGGGCUACAUUCCGAUUCGCACACCCGGUCGAAAGCUAACUGCAACCCCUACACCGAUGGCGGGCACCCCGGCCGGAUUCUUCAUCCAAGCCGAAGAUAAAAGCGCUAAAUUCAUCGACAACCAACCGAAAGGUAAUCUUCCAUUUAUGAAACCGGAAGAUGCACAGUACUUCGACAAAUUGCUGGUCGAUGUGGAUGAAGAUGCACUCAGCCCGGAAGAGCAGAAGGAACGUAAAAUCAUGAAGCUCCUGCUGAAAAUCAAAAACGGCACACCGCCGAUGAGAAAGGCCGCUCUGCGGCAGAUUACCGAUAAAGCCAGAGAAUUCGGAGCCGGACCUUUGUUCAAUCAAAUCCUUCCGCUGCUCAUGAGUCCUACGCUCGAAGAUCAGGAGCGUCAUUUGUUGGUGAAAGUUAUCGAUCGCAUUCUGUACAAGUUGGACGAUCUGGUUCGUCCUUAUGUUCACAAAAUUUUGGUCGUCAUUGAACCACUGCUUAUCGAUGAAGAUUACUAUGCUCGCGUCGAAGGUCGUGAAAUUAUUUCCAAUUUAGCCAAGGCAGCCGGUUUAGCUACUAUGAUCUCGACUAUGCGUCCUGAUAUCGACAAUAUUGACGAAUACGUGCGAAACACUACGGCUCGUGCGUUUGCUGUGGUCGCCUCUGCGCUCGGUAUUCCCUCGCUGCUACCUUUCUUGAAAGCCGUAUGCAAAAGUAAGAAGUCCUGGCAAGCUCGUCACACCGGCAUCAAGAUCGUACAGCAAAUCGCUAUCCUGAUGGGUUGUGCCAUUUUGCCACAUCUGAAAUCACUGGUGGAAAUUAUUGAACACGGCUUGGUCGACGAACAGCAGAAGGUGCGAACUAUUACUGCGUUAGCUUUGGCUGCGCUUGCCGAAGCUGCCACUCCGUACGGUAUCGAAUCGUUUGAUUCUGUUCUGAAGCCUCUGUGGAAGGGUAUUCGAACGCAUCGCGGUAAAGGUUUGGCCGCUUUCUUGAAGGCCAUUGGUUAUCUGAUUCCGCUUAUGGACGCCGAAUACGCCAAUUACUAUACGCGAGAAGUGAUGUUGAUUUUGAUCCGAGAGUUCCAGUCGCCGGACGAGGAAAUGAAAAAAAUUGUCUUGAAAGUCGUUAAGCAGUGUUGCGCAACCGACGGCGUGGAAGCGCAGUAUAUCAAGGAGGAAAUUUUGCCACACUUUUUCAAACAUUUCUGGAACCAUCGGAUGGCGUUGGAUCGGCGUAACUAUCGGCAGCUGGUGGAUACGACGGUCGAGAUCGCCAAUAAAGUGGGCGCUUCGGAAAUCAUCAACCGAGUGGUGGACGAUCUGAAGGACGAAAAUGAGCAAUACCGUAAAAUGGUGAUGGAAACCAUCGAGAAGAUUAUGGGCAAUCUCGGGGCGGCGGAUAUCGAUUCCCGAUUGGAGGAACAGUUGAUCGAUGGUAUCUUGUAUGCGUUCCAGGAGCAGACGACCGAGGAUGUGGUUAUGUUGAAUGGUUUCGGUACGAUUGUCAAUCAGCUGAGUAAGCGUGUGAAACCAUAUUUGCCGCAGAUUUGCGGUACCAUUCUGUGGCGAUUGAACAACAAGUCCGCUAAAGUUCGCCAGCAGGCUGCCGAUUUGAUCUCCCGCAUUGCCGUGGUUAUGAAGACCUGCCAGGAGGAAAAGUUGAUGGGCCAUUUGGGUGUGGUUUUGUAUGAAUAUCUGGGAGAGGAAUACCCCGAGGUGCUUGGUUCGAUAUUGGGCGCGCUUAAAGCUAUCGUCAACGUAAUCGGUAUGACUAAGAUGACUCCGCCGAUCAAAGAUCUGCUGCCGCGAUUAACACCCAUUCUUAAAAAUCGUCACGAAAAGGUCCAGGAAAAUUGUAUCGACCUCGUUGGUCGUAUUGCCGAUCGUGGACCGGAGUACGUUUCCGCUCGCGAAUGGAUGCGAAUUUGUUUCGAGCUGCUGGAAUUGUUGAAAGCUCACAAAAAGGCGAUCCGACGAGCAACGGUCAACACAUUCGGUUAUAUUGCUAAAGCUAUUGGUCCACAUGAUGUGCUGGCAACACUAUUGAACAAUCUCAAGGUUCAGGAGCGACAAAAUCGUGUGUGUACAACAGUCGCCAUUGCCAUUGUGGCAGAAACAUGCAGACCUUUCACCGUUUUACCUGCCCUUAUGAACGAGUAUCGUGUACCGGAGCUGAACGUACAAAACGGUGUCCUGAAGUCACUAUCAUUUCUGUUUGAGUACAUCGGAGAAAUGGGCAAAGAUUACAUCUAUGCCAUUUGUCCACUGCUGGAGGAUGCCCUUAUGGAUCGAGACUUGGUGCACAGACAAACAGCUUGUGCUGCCAUCAAACAUAUGGCCCUGGGGGUGUACGGUUUUGGCUGUGAGGAUGCACUGAUCCAUCUGUUGAACUACGUUUGGCCGAACAUCUUUGAAACUUCACCCCAUUUGGUACAAGCCUUCAUGGAUGCUGUCGAAGGUUUGCGGGUGGCAUUGGGACCGAUCAAAAUUCUGCAGUACACCUUACAAGGCUUGUUCCAUCCGGCUCGCAAGGUAAGAGAUGUCUACUGGAAGAUCUACAAUUCGCUCUAUAUCGGAGCACAGGAUGCACUUAUCGUGGGCUAUCCUCGCAUUUCAAACGAUCCUCAGAAUCCCUACAUCCGGUAUGAGCUAGACUAUAACCUGUAAACUCGGACAGAGUCAGACCAUUCAAGAAAUAUUUUAAUACAAUAUUACU